UUAGGAUUGCCAAAUAAAAAUCGAUCGGUUUGCUACCUGGAUUCGUUUCAGUUUACAUGGCUUAACCAGGAAGAAGAGAACAACAAAAGCGGCAACAAGACGAAACGAAAACGGAGUAAAAGAAAAAGAAACGAAAAAACCAGUAAACUAGGAAGAGAAAGAGAGGGAGAGAGAAAAGCCCGCGAAGGGAUAGAGAGAGAGAGAGAAAGCGCGGGGGCGCGAAGCGCAACGACAGCAACAGCAAGCGGCGCACCCAUCACCCACCCCUCCUCUCCUCUCCUCUCCGAUCCCCAAAUCCCUCGCGCCACCGCCCCCAUGGAUCACCACCACCUGCCGCCGCCGCCGCCGCGGUCGCCGAUGGAGAACUCCGCCUCCUCCAAGCCCCCAACCCCGGCAUCCACCCCGUCCUCCCGCCUCGCCUCAGCGCCCUCCUCCCGCCUCUCGUCCGCGCCGCCGCACCCCUCCCCGUCGUCCUCCGCGCCCACGCCGGCCUCGCGGACCGUCUACAGCGACCGCUUCAUCCCCAGCCGCGCCGGAUCCAACCUCGCGCUCUUCGACCUCGCCCCGUCGCCGUCCCACGACGCCGCCGCCGCGGUGGUCUCCCCCGGUGCGCCGCCCUCCGGAUCUACGCCGGCCUCGUCGCCCUACUGCGCCCUCCUCCGCGCCGCGCUCUUCGGCCCCACCACGCCCGACCGGGUCGCGUCCUCGGCGUCCGCGUGCUCCUCCUCCUCCUCGGCCGGGGCGUCGCCGGUGGGGUCACCAGCCACCGGCAACAUAUUCAGGUUCAAGGCGGAGGUGCCCCGGAGUGCUAAGCGCGCUCUUUUCUCCGACGAGGGCGACGAGGGCGUGCUGUUCCCCGGCGUGUUCACCACCAGGGGCACCGGCCCCAGGAAGAUACCUAGGUCGCCCUAUAAGGUGCUGGAUGCUCCCGCAUUGCAGGAUGACUUCUACCUGAACCUUGUGGAUUGGUCUUCGCAUAAUGUCCUUGCAGUUGGAUUAGGGAAUUGUGUAUACUUAUGGAAUGCAUGCAGCAGCAAGGUCACUAAGCUAUGCGAUUUGGGAGCGGAUGACAAUGUUUGCUCUGUGGGUUGGGCGCAGCGUGGCACUCACCUUGCUGUAGGGACGAACCAAGGCAAAGUUCAGGUGUGGGAUGCCACUCGUUGCAAGAGAAUAAGAACCAUGGAAAGCCAUCACAUGCGAGUAGGUGCUCUUGCAUGGAAUUCUUCACUGCUUUCUUCAGGCAGUCGUGACAAGAGCAUCCUUCACCAUGAUAUACGUGCCCAGGACGAUUAUAUUAGUAAACUUGCUGGGCAUAAAUCUGAGGUUUGUGGGCUCAAGUGGUCAUAUGAUAACCGUCAGCUUGCAUCUGGUGGUAAUGACAACAGACUUUUUGUAUGGAAUCAACAUUCAGUACACCCAGUAUUAAAGUAUUCUGAGCACACAGCAGCUGUCAAAGCUAUUGCCUGGUCACCUCAUCUACAUGGGCUUCUUGCAUCUGGUGGAGGAACUGCAGAUAGAUGCAUACGAUUUUGGAAUACAACCACAAAUAUGCACUUAAAUUGUGUGGACACAGGCAGUCAGGUGUGUAAUCUUGUAUGGUCAAAGAAUGUUAAUGAGCUUGUGAGCACACAUGGAUAUUCUCAGAAUCAGAUAAUUGUUUGGCGAUAUCCAACAAUGUCAAAGCUCGCCACACUGACAGGUCAUACAUAUAGAGUAUUAUAUUUAGCCAUCUCCCCAGAUGGACAGACUAUAGUAACUGGCGCUGGUGAUGAAACACUCCGGUUUUGGAAUGUCUUUCCGUCUCCGAAGUCCCAGAGUUCUGACAGCCUAAGUAGCAUUGGGGCCACAUCAUUUGUUAGGAGCUACAUCCGGUGACACUGAAAUGUAGUAAUGUAAUAACACUGGGCUUAUAACACUAUUGCAGCACCAGUGUUGAUGAGCAUCAACAUCAUUCCAUUUGUACCACUUGCUUCACCAGUUCAUGAACCAUCAAAGCUAGCCGAAUUUUAGAGAUAGCAGGAUGCAGAAUGGUGAAACUGGCUCGAAGACCUGGUAGUGGCUCAUUUGCUGAACGUUGUACAUAUUUAUUCAUUGGCCUAGUAGGAGUGCAGAUGAUAAAAUAUUUGUUUCGCGGAAA